AAGCAGCCUAACUCCUACCAGCUUAGGCAAAUGUUGGAGUAGGAUCUAAAACUAGUUCCUCAUAUGGGAUACAUCUGGGUUGAAACCUACAGUUCACAGAUACACCCAGAGCUAGAGGAAAAACUAUCCCGGAGAAGAAAAGUGAUUGUAAACAAUGGAGUUGGAGGGGGGGAAAUCCUUUUGCAAGCAUAAGUUGAAGGUGUUGGCAUACAUCAAGGCCAAGAGGUUGAUCAGGAAACAGAACAAGUUAAUCUCCAAUAAAAGUAAUGCUGCAAUGGCGAUGACGAUGGGACGAGGAGGAGAGGAUGAAUCUGAUGAUGAGGAUAGGAUCAGGGAUGAGAAGGAGGAGAGGAGGGAGAAGAAUAGGAUCUGGAGAGAGAACAGGGAGAGGGAGAGGAGAAGGAUGACAGGAGAAACGUCGGAUGAUGAGAAGGAGGAAGAUGAUUUGAACUCGGUUAGUUCUCAUAUCUCUCAGGUUCAAUCCUUCCUAACCUGCUCCUCGUGUCAGGAAGGGCUUUCAGGACGGAUCUGGCAAUGUGGGUUGGGUCAUCCGGUCUGUAGAGAUUGUGUGGAUGAAAGCUGGUUGGAGCAUGACUCCAACUCAUCCCAAACCGUGAGCAGAACCAUAUCAUCCAUGGAUGGUAGAUCCACAACAUCGGAUGACUCCCUGAAAGGUUUUAUAGAACAGAUGAGUGAGAAUGAACUUACAGAUUUUCUGGAUUCAACUUCAGAUUUAUCCAGUCACGUGACCUUCAGUGGUCCAACCCUAGCGGAGAGAAAUAUUCCUGAGAUUGACUGGUUUCUCAAUACUCUAGAUAUCAAGAAGGAUGCUAUUAAACCUUACUAUGAUUAUCAUAAUGAGGAGCAGGAGGAGGAGAAUGAAUCAACUGAAGAUGAUUCUGAUAAUGACACAGACACAACCACUGGAGAAAGGGAGGACAACCUUAUACCAAAGGACGAGGUUGAAAUGCUGAAGUUUGAGGCCACACGAAAAGCAAGACUUGCCACCUUUGAUGAAUCCGAGUCCGGAGAAGAUUCGAUCAAUGCAUCCGUCCUGAGCUUUAGCAAGCCUAGAGCUGUUAUCCAACCUAUAGACUGGUUUGAAGGUACUAUUGAAGUAAAGAAAGAUAUUAUCCAACCCUACUUCAACUACAGCUGUCCGGAGGAGGAGCUGAGGAACGUUAAAAUCUCCGACGAGGUCGAGAUUAUCCAGACGGAAGAGGAGGCUCGGAACAGUCGGCGGAGUAAUAUUUGUCCGACCUGUUCUACUCCAAUCAUAGGACGGAAUCUUUUCUUGGAAAGCGUCAUCGCAACUGUUAACAAAAAUCCAUAAUAUUUUUAUCGAACUAUUUUGCAAAAAUUAGAUGGUAUAGUAAAUUUUUAAGAACAAAUAUGAGCAGAAAUAAGAAGGGAGGGGGUAGGGUUUUUUUUUACAUUUAGCUUAGAUGUAAUGGGGAGCUCAGGAACUAUUUUAACAAAAUCACAGAUUAUAAACAGGGAUUGUUAUUCCUGUGCAGUGUUCGCUUCUUUCUAAAAAUUGCUUUUUAUUGAAAAAAAUAGUUUUAAAGUUACUCCUUAGUCCUUAUACAUCACAGUAAACAAGUGUAAUUACAAACCCCAGCCAUUCUCUUUAGUCCUCACUCCAAUUUGACUGAAGCACUAAACACAUUACUUUUUAAAUUUAAAAUGAAAUUUUAUAAUAAAUUAGUAAUUCAAUAUAUAAAAAUGUUAAAUAAAAACGCAAAAGAACUAAAUGUUAAUUGUAUCUUUCAUAUUUGAAUAAUUAGGAACCUUUUAUAAAA